UGCUCGUGUUGGUGCUGGAAGAAGUCCAAGAAGGUCUGCCGGACACGCGCGGCUCCCACUUCCGGGGGACACGCGCUCCGGGCGCUUGUCGAGCGGACCCAGAACCGAACCGGCGGUCCGGUGAGCCGCCGAGUGGCGCUGAGGCUCCGGUGAAGCAGUCCCGGCAUCGGCACGUCGGACCAGAACCUCACCAACCGGACGGGAAGAGUCUACUGGCUGGAGCACAGCGCGCAUGCGCCCUCUGCUCCUUCUUCUUGGGAUUCAAGGACACACGACGACAAUUUGAAAGCGCAUUACCGCCACCCAGUGACCACAUGCGCGCACUGCAUGCUUCUUUUGAUGAUAUUUGACGUGGAAGAUUAUUAUUCAUAUUAAUAAUCAUCAUCAUCAUCAUUGUGGACAUGACGUGUGCAUUUCAUGGAAGAUUAUUAUUAAUAAAAAUAAUAAUCAUGGCGGUGUCAGCGGAGAAAGGCGUCAUUAUGUACACAGUGCUGAAAGUUCCCACGCUUGCUUCGGCGCGUGAAGGUGCCCGCGCGUUCAUCAGCGGUGAUUCAAGACACCUGGCAGGUGAUUCAAGUCACCUGCCAGGUGCGGCUCGUGUCCUUGGAAGUGUUUUGGCGCCGGCGGGAUGCACAAAGGCCUGAAGAAGUACUUCGUCAACAUGGACGACUACCUGGCCAGCCUGGGCCUCUACCGCAAGAUCGUGGCGAGGGACGCGUCCAGCCUCUUCCGGGCCGUGUCGGAGCAGCUGUACUACUCCCAGAACUACCAUCACAGGAUCCGCCAGGACUGUGCUAACUUCAUGAGAGCUAACGCUAGCGUCUUUGAGCCGUUUGUGGAAGGCUCCUUCGAGAAGUACCUGGAGCGUCUGGAGGACCCCAAGGAGACGGUGGGCCAGGUGGAGAUCAAGGCGCUCUCUCAGCUCUACAGACGCUGCUUCCUGAUCUACCGUUACCCCGGGAAACCGCCCACCUUCAUCUCAGAGGACCACUUUGUGGACCAGGUGACGCUGUGCUGCUCCAUCAACGGCCACUAUGACAUCAUCUACCCCAGGACCUACCCUGCCUCUGCUGCCCUGUGCCAGGGUGUGGUGUACCAGCUGCUCUACACCAAAGUCUUUGGCUGCGAGGAGGCGGAGCUCUGUCAGGCCGUGGAGGCGUUCAGGGUGGGAGGUCGUCGCUAUAGAAACAGCGUGUGCAGUGACGAGGUUCCCGAGGAGAGAGGACACAGGGAGGAGGCGGAGUCAGCCGGCGCCACGGACGAGAAGCAGGCCGACGACGGCAAGUUGGAAGCCCCGCCCCCCUGCAGACUGCCUUACAAGGUGAUGAAGUCCCUGGACGGCGAGGUGUACAGGAACGUGGAGUUCGACGUGUGGCAGGACACCUGCAAAGAGAUGCAGAAGAGUGACUACAUGGUGUUCGCCGGGAGACAGUACUUCCUGGGAGACAAGUGUCAGGUGCGUCUGGAGCCCAAAGGGAAGUACUUCAACGCCUUCAUCCAGGAAGUAGGAACGCACUCGGCCGCCGUCACCGUCUUCAUCGAGGAGCUGGGCGAGAAACACCUGGUUCCACUGACGGACCUGAAACCCGUCAAUCCGGUUCCCGCCUGGAACGUGGCGGCGCCGUCUCGGAAAGGAGACCCCGAUUGCGACACUCGUGGUCAACGCCAUCACCGCCAUCGCUACUUCAGGAAGUCCAGAGGUGGUAUGAAAGGGGCGGAGCUUUUGAUAGCGCCUCCCUCGUAUGGGGGUCUGGGCCCCUCCACGCUGCCCCCCCGCUUCCAGCCUGCAGGUCACCCUCGCCCCCCUCCUCCUCCCUCUGCUGGAGCCAUGACCUAUGACCUCUACGCUCCGCCCCACCACCACCACCCCCCUGCCGGACGCCCACCGCGGUACGGCACAUCGAGAAACUCCACACGCUUCCUGAACCGCCACCUGAUUGGUCCCCAGUUGACCUACUACCCGCCCACUGGGAGGCGUUACUAUGACUACGAGAGCUACGCCUUCAGGUCUCGGCGCAGUCGGCGUCAGAACGCCAACAAAGAAUGUCAGUUCUCCUUCUCGGACGCCACAGAAGACGUGACCUACUACCAGCUGGACCACAACCAGGUAAAUACUUCCACACACGCCAUCUUGUCCUCCACCACAUGUCCACGCCCACAGGGCCCGUCUGUGCCCCAAUCCCCCGCCAUGGCCACGCCCCCUGCAGGCUCCUCCUACAGGGUCCAGAGAGGCUCGGGGCCCCUGCCCGGCCUGCCAGGAUCCACCCUGGUGUGUUCCUCUGAGGAAGACCAGGAAGAUGUCAACACUGUGGAGGCCCCAGAGUUCAGAGAGGACUUCAUCUACAACACCCAGGAUCCCACCUACCAGACUGCCAGCAUCUACACUGCUGCAGAGUCUGCCACCAGCCAGGAUCAGCAGGAAGGGGGCGUGGCCAACUCUCCACCAAGAUCUGAUAUGACCUACAGCUAUACACAGCAGGUGGUGAAGCCAUUAGGGGUCAUCUCUUCUUCACCUUCAUCCUCCUCUUCCUCAUCACCCUCUUCCUCCUCAUCUCGUGCACCUGCUGCCACUCACCUGCCUGUGGCAUCACACGCUACACCUCGCUCAGUUGCCAUGGCGAUCCCAGCAGCCUCCCCCUGGUUGGUUAACGAGAUGGGCGAGACAGUGUGUGCGGUGAUGACUCCGCCUCCUUACUCCUAUGACCCCAAUGGCAACGACCUACCUAGAGACUACAGGGUGCUGCAGUACUACUUCAACCUGGGCGUGCAGUGGUACUGGCAGCAGCAGCAGGUGUACGCCCCCCCCUCCCCCGACCCCUACCAGCACUGCCCCCCCUACCUGGGCCAGGAGGCCGGCCCUCCCUCCUAUCCCGAGGCAGGACGCGGACCCCAGCAGCCGCCGUCCUUCCCAGAGUGCACCAGGGCUGCUGACGGACAGGCGGAGUCUCAGGGCAGCAGCGGCCCCGCCCCUUCCAUGGAGGGCUGUCCUCUCACUGGUCCGCCUUCAGGCCCCGCCUCCUCCGCGCUCUUGUACCAGGAUCAAGCCCCUCUACUGCACCUGCCGUAUGAUGCUCCACCCCCUGCUGGCUACCUUCCCCCGCCUCCUGUCCCUCACCACGCCCACCACACGCCUUACCAGCCGUGUCUUCCCUGGGGGGCGUUCCACGCCGGCUCCCGAGUGUACUGCCCCACCACUAACCCCGCCCACGUGGUGGGCUACCUUGCGACCCCCACGCACUACAUCCCCCCUGCUGUGUGACCGCCUUUAGCUCGAAUGCUAACGUUUAAAGGAUAAGUUUGUUUGCAAGUUUAUUUAAUGGAGGUUGUCCUUCAGUUUGAGCCAGCCAAUCAGAAAGAGGGGCGUGGCCAGUCCCUGUUAAAGGGAAGUUUAUGUUACGUCACCACGGUGUUGUUGUUGAGGGUUAAUAAAGUUUGUCACCAGCACAAAGUCUUCUUUUCAUGGAAUAAACAUGCUAG